AUGAAGGACCGUUACUUUGGCCUCCGUGGAGGAUGGCUGACCUUUUGGAUAACCGUCGCCUGCGGCACGGACAUGACACUUUUUGGCUAUGACCAAGGCGUAUUCGGCGGCGUUAUCGUUACCAAUGACUUCUUGGACACCCUCGGCAUCCAGAACGAUACCAGUCUUCAAGGAACUAUCACCGCCAUUUACGACAUCGGCUGUUUCUUUGGUGCAAUCGCUGCGUACUUUAUCGGUGACCGACUCGGUCGUAAGCGCUCCGUCCUCCUCGGGACGACCAUCCUGAGCGUGGGCGCCUUGCUGCAAAUCACAACAUACUCCGUGGCUCAGAUCAUCGUUGGUCGUGUGAUAGCCGGCAUCGGCAAUGGCAUCAACACCGCUACGGCUCCCCCGUGGCAGGCGGAAACCUCGAAGGCAUCCUGGCGGGGGAAACUGAUUGUCGUUGAGCUCAUCCUCAACAUUGCCGGCUUCUCCUUGAGUAACUGGGUGACAUUUGGAUUCUCUUAUCUACCUGGAGGAGUUGCUUGGCGGAUUCCACUUGCCCUUCAAUUCAUCUUCAUCAUCAUCCUCUUCGCAACGACGCCCUGGCUGCCGGAAUCUCCCCGAUGGCUUGUCAAGGUUGGCCGUUACAAAGAAGCCGAACAGAUCUUGGCAGAUGUCGAGGGGACCGAGAUUGAGGAUCCUUUUGUGCAGACAGAGCUUAACGAAAUCAAAUUCGCCGAUGAAUAUGAAAAGGAGCAUGCCGUGCGCAUUCGCGACUUGGUCCGCGGGAAAGUCGCACCCGGAGAUCCAUGCACGCUUCGUCGAAUCUUGCUCGGAAUGGGCGCCCAGGCAAUGCAGCAGCUUUCCGGAAUCAACGUCACGUCAUAUUAUUUGCCUACUGUGCUGAUUAAGUCUGUUGGCUUCAGCAACAAGAGGGCUCGUUUGCUCGCCGCGUGCAACAGUGUAUCAUACCUCGUCUUCUCCACCAUCGGGAUCCCUAACGUUGAACGAUGGGGCCGAAGGAAGAUGAUCAUGUACGCCGCCGCCGGUCAAUGCUUUUGCUACCUCUUGAUCACCGUCCUCCUGCGCUACAGCGAGCUGUACAAAGCCGAAGGGGGCGUUGCCAAUAUCAACAAGUCCGAUACAAUUGCAAGCGCCAGUGUCGCCUUCUUCUUUUUGUAUUACAUAUUCUUCGGCAUUGGCUUCCAAGGCGUCCCUUGGUUAUACCCAACCGAGAUCAAUGGGCUCGCAACAAGAGCAAAAGGAGCAGCGCUCGGCACAGCAACGAAUUGGAUCUUCAACUUCAUGGUCGUCGAAAUCACCCAGAUCGGCAUCCAAAACCUCGCUUGGAAGUUUUACAUCAUCUGGACCGUUCUGAACGGCUCCUUCGUACCGCUCACGUACUUCUUGUACCCCGAAACGGCGGGCCGGACGCUGGAAGAUAUCGACACGUACUUCCGGGGCCAGCCCAGCCUGCUGGUUUUCCGCGAUCACAUCGCCACCUCUUCCAAGCGCCCAAUGGAGUUCAUCGAGAGGGAGGAGCAAGAGGUGCACAGGAGGAGCUCAGUGGAUCCGAGGGCCAUGAGCUUGGCGCAACAGCAUCGCAGAUAUAGUGCGAUCAGCGAGCAGGGGAGGCUGGGGAGUGCGGUCAGCGAUAAGGAGAAGGAGGAGCGUCACGAUCGGGUGUGA